GUCUCGCGCAUCCCAGUGACUGACUGGCGCGUGUGUGAAGGCAGGGGUUUGCGCUCUGACUGACAGUCGGAAGGAAGGGAGGGUGACAGAGUAUUGGAGAUGGACGGUUGCAUUCUCUGAAUUUUUGUUUUUUUUACAAUUGUUAGAAAGACAUUCACUAUACAGGUCAACGGUGGGCUUCCAUAUUAAACAUGUUUGGGAAUUUUAUUUAAUUGCAAUUUCAUUGCACCUAUAGGCUACCACAACUCCAUAUAUGCCAGUCAUUUGCAAUUUCUAUAGCUUAGUUUUCAAGAUGACCAAAUGUAUUUAAAAAAAAUUUUUUUAAUGAUCUUAAUUCAAUAGUAAUUAAGCGUAUUAAUAGUUUUUACGUUAGGUCACGCAAGAAAAUGUGAGUGCAGAUAUGCAUGGCACAGUUUAGUCAUUAUUUCGUGACCAGCAGGGUCACGCUGGGUAAAAGGGCAGUUGCCAGGCAACUCUUUGUUGUCCUCUGGUCGCCCGGUGUUAGCCUGGAGGUGUGGGUCAGUCUGUGUUUGGUCCGGUGUUUGGCAGCUGCUUGUCGUCCUCCGUCUUGCGUGGUUCGAGGGUUCGGGUGAUAAUAACAGUAACAUGGCACUCAGAGGAAAUGGAACGCUUAUCAUGCACAACAACUCGACCUACAUCCCACCUUCCUUAAUGCCCGGAUACUGCGGCUAUGUUCCAACUUCAAAGUACUUGUAUGGAGACACAUUCGGGAAUGCCACCAUCAAAUACUUUCAGGACUUCUGCAGCGGGGCAAUGGCCUGCAGCACGAUCCCGUACAGCCGUGGUGGGAUGUUCCCGUUCAUCUUCUCCAACAGCGGGCUCCUAGUGUCGGCCCAGCGGGCUCAGAGCCGCAACAGGACCCUGAACAGUCCCUACUUUCCCCGUUUCAAUGUGGACUUCAAACGCCAGGAGACGCUGAAAAGCUUCUGAGAGCUCUCUCAGAAACACCGGGAGAGCUAUAAGGACAAGACAGGAACACGACUUCCCAUCAAACACUUCGUCAUCCCAGUGAAAGAGAGCGACAAAUACUUCUGGAAGCAGAUGUAAGAUCUAAAGUUGUGUAGUCAAUAAAUAUUCCUGUAAUGUUUUUACAUGUACAUUUACGUGCUAUUGUGUACAGAUGCGUCUAAAACAACAUACUACUGAUGCAACAAAAAUAUUUGUUGGAUAGUAGGGCUUAAUGAACUUAGACUGUCAUAACUGCUUUCAAUUUUAGAAAGCACAUUGUAGGCUAUUGGCAAUGGACUUGUUAAUGCCUUGUAGUCUGUAUGUACUAAAUGUAUAUAUUAUUCCAAAAUAAAACAUAC